UAACAAUAAUAAAAUAUUAUACUCUAUAAAUUAAACAAUCAGCUACAGUGUAGGUCAAUCACUUUUCUUAAUUCUCGUGCCCAUGCAAAUGUAGCAACAAUUAUGGAACGAAGGAAGUAGCUAAGUAUUUAAAUAGAAUAAAAGCAUGCGUUAAUAAAAGAGGGUAUGGUAUAGACUAGUAUUUCCAGAAAACAGAAAUGGGAAGCAGCAGUGUUCCAAGUAAAGCCAUAUUAAGGGCGCCGGGAAGAGAUGAAGUUUAUGUGGCGACAACCCCUUUGAGGGCGAUGAAGGGACCUCCACAGUUAUUAAUGUCUGCAGCUUAUUCCCUCAAUUUAUGGAAUCUUCAGCAUUUUAUGUUGAUCAUCAAACCUUCCAUCUCUUCUAUGUCUCUUCAAUCCCAGGUCAUAGUGUUUGAUUUUCAGCCACAAGAUCCUGAAAACAUAUUUGUGGCUCUGGCUGCCUUGUCUGGUAAAGCUAUCCCUGGGACAAUCUUGGAAAGGAAAAUUAGCAAGAUCCCCAAGAAAAGAUGUUGGUUCAUUGGUUCAUCGCAAUCAUCACAUGCUGUUGAAGCAGCUUAUAAGUUCAAUGGCAGUUGGGACACCGAUUUACGGGUCGGCCAACAUGAUUGCCGUCACUACACGAACGAACUAGCUGAGAUGCUGACUGGGGAGAAAAAUGUAGUGCAGCAGCUGAUGAAGUUCUCAUAGAAAAUCAAUGUGAUAUUGCUAAUUUCAGCACAUAUUCAUGUAUAUUUCGUUUGGUGUAUGCCUCAAUACCAACCAUUCUGCAUUGUAACUGAUCUAAUGAUCAGAUUUCAUGAAAGCAUAACUGACAAAGCAACAGAAAAAAACGAAUUGCACUUUCCAAAAGAAACGACGACUCGUUGCCAAAAAGCUAAGUCGUCUUUUCUCAGCGGCAAGUCGGCUUUAGUUUCUGCCAAAAAUCAUCCAUCUAGCGAUAAACGAUGAGUCGUUCCUUAUCUUUGUUUGUGCAUUACUUUGCUUCUUUUUUCUAUUCUCUGGGACUUUUGUUGUUACACUUAUUUUGUCCCACUGUUUUCAUAGUACUUUGUAUAAACUUUUAUACGGAAUAUACUCAAAUUAUUAAACAUUCCUCUUCUAUUUAGAGUAUAUAAUUUACACCUCUACACUAUUGAGA